AUUAUAUUAUUAUAACCUACAUAUAUAUUAAAAAAAAACAAAAAACAAAAAACAAAAUAUUAAAAAAAAAUUAUAUAUUAACAAUGCAACGAUCAACUAUGAUGAAAGCGCAUACUUAUAGUAAGAGGAAUACGAUCGAGAGAACGGAUUCAACUAUCGCGUCAGUCUAUGGUAUGCUACCUCCACCUACUAACAAAAACACUGCAACUCGAUUAUCACAAAUUGAUGAUAUGAAAUACUUCUUUGCUACUGCUGCUGAGCAAUGGGAUCACACAAAAUCAAUAAAAAGGUUUGAGUUGCCUGGUGGCGAAAGUAUAUCAUGCGUACUUUGGAAUGAUGUAUUUUAUAUUACAGGCACUGAUAUUGUUCGUUCAUUAACUUUUCGUUUUCAUGCAUUUGGAAGACCCAUUACGAAUGCAAAAAAAUUUGAGGAAGGUAUCUUUUCUGAUUUACGUAACUUAAAACCUGGACAAGACGCUAGAUUAGAGGAACCUAAAUCUGAAUUAUUGGAUAUGCUCUAUAAAAAUAAUUGUAUUAGAACUCAAAAGAAGCAAAAAGUAUUUUAUUGGUAUUCUGUACCUCAUGAUAGACUCUUUCUGGAUGCUCUAGAACGUGAUCUUAAGCGUGAAAAGGUAGGAUUAGAACCUACAACGAAGUCUGUUGCUGAACCUGCAAGCUCUCUUUCUAUUGACUCUACUCAAGAACUAUUUGAUCAAUUAAGAAAGAAUAUGGCUAAUCAUUCUACUGUUCAACCAUCUUCUAUUGAAAAUAAACAAAAGAAAAAAUCGCCUGUACCUAAUAGCAGCCUAUCUCUCAAUCAGGUAGUAACCAAUAAUUCUUUUUUAAAGAAAGAUCAAAAUUGGUCGACUUCACCUUCUACUCCGAACCCUAAUCGCGCUUCAUGGCAUUCAUCACAAUCAAGACUUGAACGUGCGGCUGCUUUACAGGAAAAGAGAUCUCGUGUCAACUCAGUUCCUGCAAGCCUAGGUCAGCAACAUCAAUUACAGCUUUUACAGCAUAGACACCAUCGAAUGAGCCAUCAUUCCUAUUUUACUGGCAGCAAUUCCACAAGCCGUCCUCGUUCCACAACAAGCCGUCAUCUUUCGAGCUCAGCUUCUUCCUUAUUAUCUUCCCCUUCUUUUAAUGAUGAAGUCUCCUUUUUCCAAGAUGAUGCUAGUACGACGACUACUUUGACAGAUAUAUCAAAGCCCAACUUGUCUUCAACUUCGACUAAUAAAAGUUCAAAAAAUGAAGUCGAUUAUAUAGAUCCCAUCUCACAUGGUGUUCAUCAAUUGGAGAUUACGUCUUCAUUAUCCAAUUUGAGUCAUAAUACGGAUAGUCAUCCUAUAUUAUCACAUACGAUCAUGCCCUCACAGUCAGUAGAUGUAAAUGCCAUGAAGAAAACAAAAACGAUUUUUGGUAACUUGCCCUUAUUUGAUGGCGCACCUACCUAUAAGCAACGUAGACGUCGCGCAGCCUCUGUUUCAACUUCAUUAUUGAAUUCACAAAGUGGAAUCUAUGGUGGUGGGCCUGAACGUGUUCGUCGUCAGGAUAAAUGUCAUAUCCGUACUGCAUCCUCUUCCAAUCAUCAUUUGCCUCCGCAACAAGCUGCUAUAUUGAUGAACAACGGUAGUAGUCGACUUGCAUUGGCUGCGACAAAAGCGGGAUUUGGAUUUACUACGAAUCCAGUUCCACCACCAUUACCACCACCACUACCACCACCACCACCACCACCAUCAUCAACAUCAUCGUCUUCACUCAUACCGACCUUAAUGUCUACAACGACUACCACCACUACCUUUGAUUGGACACAACAACAACAACAAGAAUAUUACUGUCCUAUUCCUGAAUGUGGACAUUUAUUUAAGAGACAGGAUUAUCUUGAACGACAUAUUCAAUCACUUCAUAUGUUUCUCUGCACACUCUGUGGUAAACAAUUUCAUUCACCCGAGAACCUUACACAACACCAUCGACUUGAGCAUGGUCUUCACCAAUAUGACCCCUCCAGAUCUUUAAGUCAUGAUGGGGAUGAUAAUCAUGAUGGAGGUUCAACUGGUCAUCAAAAUAACCGACGCUUUAAUAGCACAACUACCACUUAUCAGCCUAACCAACAACAGUUUAUGAAUCAAAAUGAGAAUCGAUUCUUUUCAUCACCUCAUCCAUCCUUUGAAGACUCGCGUUCGUCAGGUUUAUCGAUCGGUAUAACGAGAACUGCUAGUUGCAGUAGUCAAUGUAGUACGUUGAGUCCCAUGACUGAUCUUGAUUUCGAAAUAUCUGAUAUACAACAAAUGACGGAGCAAGAAGAGGAUAGAUCCUCUACGAUCAAAAACUUAGCAAGUCCUUACACAACUACAACACAAUCUAAUUUUACUAUAAUGAAUGAACUUUCUUCCUCAUCAUCAAACAGUACAUUUUUCAUAAAAAAGGAAUGCUGUCAAAGGAUGAAUAAUAUGACAAUUGAGGAUGAUUUUUCAUCUUCCAAUGCAUCAUCGCCCACGUAUAGUGAAAAGGUAAUGUCAACACCUUUGACUUUACUAUCACCUUUUAAACCUAUUCAACAAGAGGAAAAUUGGAUGCAAUUACAAACAAUGAAUACUGAACAAUUUAAUAAUCUCUAUGAUAUGGAAACGAUGAAUGAUAAUUAUCAAUCCAUUUAUGCUUCUUAUGUUGAUCCUCCUUAUUUAUCUGAUAUGGGCUUCGUCUUCAAUACUUAA